AUGGCGGUACGUUUAGAUUUUUCUAACGUGAAAGAAAAUGAUAAUUUAGAUGAUGUCAAAGUUCAUUUAAUGCCUUGCGUUAUAAAAAAAACAGGAGAAGCUAAUGUUUCAACAUAUUUCGAACCGAUAAUUAGUAAAGAUGAAAAAAAUGGCGGAGUGUUAAAAACUUCUUUUCGAGGGUAUCCAUUAUUGGGAAAAGAAAUAACACUUCCAGAAGAUUACUGUGGUGUCAUAUUAAAAGAUCAAUGUGUUGAAACAAAUGAAAAAAGUAUUUAUAGUUCUCAAACAUUCGACAAAUUAACAUAUUGGAAUUGGGAUAUUGAACCAUCGAAUAAUGAUAAAAUUCCUUCUGCUAUGGAAUGGCUACAUGUUGCUAAAGUGGUGAGACAAAAUUAUGUUAAUAAAAAGCGAUUAGAAUAA